AAUUCUCUUCUUAGUGCAAUUUUCUCGCUCUCCCAGAUAAUCAUCUUCCCCCAAAACACAACUCACCCCAUUGUGACAGAUGUAAAUAAGAAGAAAAAAACAUUGAUCUAAUUGGCGCGAAUCAGAGAGCUAAUGACACCGUUGGGAGAAGAGUUUCUCAAGUUGUUCAUACGUUUCUAAUAUUAAUCAUACGUCAUGGUAGCUAUUUGUUAUUGAGCAUUUAAUGGCUGUUUAGACGUGGCGGCGGCGACGGCGUCGGUGGCAUCAAACGGAAAGGUAUGACACGACACCUAAACUACAACGAGAAUACGUAUCUUUUGUGUUUUGCUUUGUUUCUAUUAUUGCCUGGCAUUUCCACUAAUAAAUGGAUACGAAACCGUUAUUAAAAUAAUUAAAUAUCAAAUAAAAGUGAUAAGAACACCAGGUUAUAAAGUGUUAAGUGGCGAAUUAAAAUGUCAAUAGAGACUUGUGAACGUUGGAGCAGAUUAAAUCCGCAAUCGUGAGAAUUUAAACGGUGUCUGGGAGUUGGGUUUGUCUGGCACACAGGAAAUCCUCAUCGGCAUCAUGGAUUUUGAUCAAGUUUUGGAGGAAAUUGGCGAAUUUGGUCGUUAUCAAAAAACCAAUUAUUUGUUGAUUUGUUUGCCGGUCAUGUUUGCAGCAGCCAAUAGUCUUUCGUAUGUUUUUACAGCUGGUACACCGGCAUACAGAUGCCUCAUACCAGAAUGCGAAAAUGCAAGCGACCAUUUGGAGUUAUUUCCCAAUUGGAUACAGAAUGCAACACCGGGUGAUUUCGAUAAAAAUGGCGUUUUUACACCAAAAACCUGUUAUCGUUAUCGUGUUAAUGAAACAUUUAUUGGAUCACAGCAGCCGCCACAACAUCAUCAAUCCUGUCCUGCUCAACUAUUUGAAAAGUCCGAACAACGUUGUAACUCCUGGGUUUUUGAUAGCGAGGAAAAUACCAUUGUUCAAGAGUGGGGAUUAACUUGCAAAGAGAAUGCGUGGAAAUUGGCUUUUGUGGGAACCAUGCAUUUUGCGGGAUUGGUUUGUGGUACAGCUAUGUCGGGAUAUUUUGCCGAUCGCUUUGGCCGCAAAAUCAUUUUCAUAAUAUGCAUUAUGUUCAUGGCUGUGACAGGCAUUGCCCAGGGCUUGGCAUGGGAUUACAACAGUUUUCUGGUAUUUGCCUUUCUUAAUGCCGUUGGAACGUCCGGUGUCUAUCCGUUGGCCUUUAUCAUUGGCGUUGAAAUGGUUGGACCGCGUAAACGUGAAAUGUCCUCAAUUGUCCUCAACUAUUUCUAUGCGGUGGGUGAGGCUUUAGUUGGUUUGGCAGCUUGGCUUCUACACGACUGGCAAUUAUUGCAAUAUGCCUUGUCGGUGCCACCUCUAUUCUUUGUGGCCUAUUAUUGGUUUGUUCCCGAAUCGGUGAGAUGGCUUAUUGCCCGUAAUAAGCGAGAAAGUGCUGGAAAGAUAAUACGCAAAGCAGCCGAGGUUAAUAAAAAGGAAUUGUCCAUGGCAUUGUUGGAUAAUUUCAAAUCAAACUCACCUUUGGAGCCAACGAAAUGCUGUGAUCAGGAAAUGGAUAGCAAAGAGAGUUUGACGGGUGAUAAUACAUCCGAAAUAUGGUUGUCAGUCAAGGAGGUCUUCAAAUCGAAAACAUUGGUGGGACGUUAUACAAUUAUGUUGUACAUUUGGGCCAUAAAUGCGGUGGUGUACUAUGGUCUCUCUUUGAAUUCCACAAAUCUUAGCGGCAAUAAAUACUUAAAUUUCGCCUUGGUCUGUCUUGUGGAGAUUCCUGGCUAUUCCAUGGCCUGGUUCUCUUUGCGCAAAUUUGGACGUCGUUUCUCAUUAUCGGGGUCAUUGUUUCUCUGUGCUGUGACCUGUGUGGCCGGGGGUUAUAUAACACAAGUUCAAAAAGACAUGGAAGAACGUUCCACCUGGGCCAUCGUUAGCCUAUUUCUUAUUGGAAAACUGGGCAUAACAUCAUCGUUUGCUGUUGUCUAUGCCUAUACGGCGGAAAUGAUGCCAACGGUCAUUCGCAGUGGUGGCGUAGGAGUCAUGUCAACAUUUGCCCGUUUCGGAGCCAUGCUGGCACCAUUUGUGCCUCUAUUGGGUACCUAUUACGAAGCCUUGCCUUUGUUGCUGUUCGGUGGCGCCUCACUGACAGCUGGUUUGUUGGGUUUACUCUUGCCCGAAACAUUCCAAAAGAAAUUACCAGAUACGGUUGCUGAAGCAAAACAGCUGGGAAAAUCCAAGCCAAAGCAUUCGAACGAUGAUUCUUCAUUGCCACCAACUGCUGCCACAAAUGGCACCAAUACAAAUAAUAAUAUGGAAUCAUCGAUAACAUAAAAUUAAUUAAUUUUUAAUAUUUUAUAUAGGAAAG